ACACAGCAUGAUCGCAAAGACGAUGCUACGGCUCUCAUUUACGCGAGAGCGACUCCAAGAAGGUUAUUUCCACGCAGAAACAAGAACACCACAGUCAUGGGACAUGCAAGUGUUUAAAAUUCUCAUAUGAAACAAGCAACUUAACAGCUCAUGCUGACCAGUUUGUCGAGAAAGUAGGAGAAACCUAACUGCAGUUUGAUCCAUAAGAAAGACCAUGACCAUGAGGAACAUGUCGUCUACACCUGCUACAACCGCCGAACCUCAAAUGAAGGCGCGCAAAAAAAAGACCACUAUCUACCUUAUCCGCCACGGCGACCGUUUCGAUUACGCCAAUGCCAAUUGGAAGUUCGACAUUGUCUCGCACAAUCACUGCCCGAUCGAUCCUCCCUUGUCUGCACUUGGGCACCAGCAAGCUCGUGACACAGCUACUGAGGUGAUCAGGGACCUACUCGAAAGUCACGAUAAAAGUCAAGGAAAAAUCCAAGAUGUCGCAGAUGCUAGUGCUACUGCUGUUGCUGGUAAACUCCUCUCCGAGAUCGUCACCGCAGAGCAGCUGCGCGUGUUGGUCUCACCCUACGUCCGCGUGAUCCAGACUGCGACGCCGUUGGUUGAGCAGAUGUAUCUCAAGUUGACCAAAGUCGCAGAGUCGUCAAUUGUUUAUGAAGAGGAUGCUACUGUCACCUUGAAGAUGGUAGAAAUGCAAUAUCGUUGGUUACUAACUUUAUACAUGUGAUUAAAAUAGGGAUUUUGCGUAGCAAACAUCGCCUUCAUAGCUGGCGAAAGAUCACGGGAAAACCUUCUCCCUAUUCUUCCACUUUUCCUCUUUGAAUUCUCAUUUGUUCGGGGCCUGGAGUGAAACGACCCAAUUAAAGCUUCCUUCUUCUUGUUUUUCUUAUUCCUUCUUCUUGUUCCUCUUCUUCUUAUUCUUCUUUCUUCUUUUUCUUUUUCCCACCCAACUUCCAAUCCCUCUUCUCGCUGUUAGGGGCUCGUUAGUGUUAGACUGCGGUCGAGCAUUACCCCCUCAAGAGCAAGCAAGAAGGUUUUCCCGCCGCGCAGCUACUCGGUGCGAGUUUUGCAGCAGCUGUUGCUAUUAUGACAGGGUUCAUUUUUGAGCAUUAAGACAAUAUUAGAUCUCCAGAGUCUGGUGCAUUUGAGCCUCAGGCUCUUUCUGCUUUGAAUAUGUGAUAGCCACUUGAGAUAGCUAUUCAUAUUUGCGGCGGAACCUUCCGGUUGUUUGUUGGAUUUGUGCUUGUUCUUGAGGGCUUUUUGAGAGUCAGUUGAAAAUUGGCGAGUGGAAAAUUGGCCUUGCAAGAGUGAGUAGGUUUUAUUUGUUUAUAAAAGUUUCAUCUCAUCCAGAUCUUAGGCAAGGAACUUCGUCUUCUUCAUGAAACGAUCGUUGCGUCAGUUUUCUUUUUUCUCAGUAUUCAGAUGGUAGAGAAAGAUUCCAUGACCAAGGCGCAGCGUAAAGCUGCUCGUAACGCCGAGAAGAAUAAGGCGCGUACUGCCGGAGAUUACAUUGGCCGGAUUUUUAACGAUUGCGAGAAUGCACUGAUGAACCGGUUUGAGCCGGUGAUCAGUAAGGAAAAUCUAGAGCUAGUAGUGAAGAAGGCCACUACUUUGGACUCUAUUGAUAAAGGAGUCGCUUUGUUAGAUGAGUUAGAGUCGGCUUCAUAUCAGCCGGCUGCGUCAGUUGACGACUUCCAAUUUUUUAGCAGGAUAAACCAUCAGGUGCAGGGUUUUAAGAACAUCUCUUUAUUACGAGUUUUGAACGAGACUUUUCACCAGUGCGACCCUGAAGCCUGGAAACUCGUGCUUGAAGGUGGAACUUGUUGUGGGCCUGUUUGGUGUCCAGGUCAUUGGGCUGAUCGUCGGAUUAAGGUUGUUGACGACACCAUAGACAAGCUUUUUCGGCGGUGUAAGAAGACCUCUUUUUUGAAUAAAAGUAAGCCUAAGUUCUUGAGUGAGGAUGUUGCUAAGAAAAUUUGGGAUGUCACUGCGGAUGAGGCAUCAUCAGGCAUGUUGCGUGGCCCUUUUUCGUUGGACGAGAUUUCUAGUGAAGUUACGCAUUUAAUUCCCCGGUUUGCAGUUUUGCAGAAGGGGAAGCAUCGGAUGAUAGAUGAUGCGCGCAUCUUCAAUUCUGAUUGCUCCUUGUCAAAGGUAGCCCCUUUACCGUCAGCGUUAGAGGCGCUUGCCUUAGCAACUGCCACCGCAAGACUGCAGGCGAAUGGUAACCUACCAGUCGAACUAGUUGAUUCUUUUAUUUUUAAUUCAAAAAAACGAAGGACAGAUGGGCGCGAGAAGAACUCUUUUGAAGAGUUGAAUAAUUUGCUUUUGCAAGGGUUUGAUCCCGAUGGGCUCGUCAGCGAGCUUCAGCAGUCGAUUGAUGGGGUUGUAAUUGAUGUGGAGAAAGCAUAUAAGACUGUAGGCGUCCGUAAGGAUCAUUUGUUUGCUAACUGGGUGGCCGUGUUUUGCCCGGAUGACGGGAAGUGGUAUGGGUUUGAAUCCGCGACUCUCGUCUUCGGGAACACCCACAGUGUGGUUGUUUGGGUGCGUAUAGCUUUACUUUUGUCAAGUUGCAUCAGAGGGCUUUUCUCUAUCCCUAAUUCGGUCUUUAUUGACGAUUUCCACUCGUUUGUUCCCUACAAGUUAGGUGCGCCAGCCGCAGCAGCCAUCUGUAAUCUUCUUGAUCGCUUAGGUUGGGGUUAUAAGGCUGAGAAGGUUGACGUUUCGAGUUCCUCAGUUACUUUGUUAGGCCUCAUUUUUAAUCUCAUAGGAAGGCCGUCGUUGGAAGUUUCGGUAGACAGGAAAGCAGAAUAUAUUAAAUCUUUGGAGAAGCACAUUGAGGCUGACGUUCUCACGCAAGCAGAUGCUGCAAUUUUAUACGGCAGAUUGUCGUUUGCUUUCUGCAGUUUGUGCGAUCGGCGUCUUCAUCCAAUUUUGAGGCCCAUUAUGGUGCGAAUGUUUCAGUUGCACAGUGACGUGUCAGUUCAUAAAUGUUUACGCCUGAGUAUGAAGGCUUGUAUAGGUUUUUUGCAUAGUAUUCCACCUAGAGUUCUUUGUGUUUCCCCCGUCCGGUACAUAGUUUACACAGAUGCCAGCUGGCGAAGGGGGCGUGGGGUUAUUGCCGGCGUUUUGGUCGAUUUGUUUAAUGUAUCAGAAUGUAAGACAUCUUUGGGGCGUGUUAGAUAUUGGAAAUUUUGUGUUGAUGAACAGAUGUUGUACAGUAAAAUUGCAAAGUAUCCUAUAAAUUUUUUGGAGGCGUGCGCGCCUAUAGUCUCGUUGUGGUUGUGGAAGGAUUUGUUGAGUAAUAGUAAGAUUGAAGUUCUUAUUGAUAACUGCAGUGCACAGGGUACAUUGAUCCGGAUGAAUAGCGGGCGGCCGCAUAUGGCGGCAGCGGCGUUUAUGUAUUGGGAUUUUGCUAGCAAGCACUCCAUCUCUUCUUUGCUUGGGCGCGUGCCCAGUGAAUUCAAUAUAGCAGAUUUGCCAACGAAAGAGAAGCUCGAGAAGCUUCUUAUUGAUAAUUUUGACUGCGUCAGGGACGAGCUAGGCGAAGAUGUAGAGAAAGAGGUUGCUAAAUUGCUCGCUCUUGAUAUUCCACAUUCUGACAUUUUGUUAAAUACGGAAAAUUUUGAACUUGAACAGUAAACAUGGGUGAGAUGGUAGAUUUUGCGUGAUAGUCUCUUUUGCUUUUAAUUGGCCCUCCCUUUGUGCCAAGCGCUGAGAUCAGCGAACGGCUGGUGGAUUUUGGAUUCGGAAGAAGGUUUGAAUGAGCGCGUUGAAGAGUGUUGAGUGGAGUUGUCGCUGGUGAAUUGAGGGAUGCUUGGCUUGAAGUGGGUUUGUUAAAUUUGGUUCAUGAUUAAGAAGCUCUAGGAGAAGUUAGGACUCGGAGCUUAAGAGAAAGUAUUUAGCUGUCACUUGGUUAAAAUUUUGUUCGUUCAAGAACCGGUAAUCUAGGAAAAUGGCGUUGAACAAUCCGAAUGCUCAAGAGGCUUUUGCCGUCCUCGUCGAGGACAUGAACCAAGAUCGGCCGGACCAGUUAAAGGUGGAAUUUCAGUUCUUUUUGGUCAGUUGUAAGACUUUUCUCUUCUUUCGGAUACGGUGACUUCUAUUCUUUAAUUUAGAAAAUUUAGGUUUGAUGAAAAUUUGGAUCUGAAAUUCCUUUCACCCCCUCUUGUGAGAAAUUAGGAAGAAGAAAUUUUCUUUGAUGUUUUCUCAUUUGCCCCAUUAGGUGCGCACGAUUAAGAACAUUCUGCAGACCCAGUUCGGCGUCAUUGUGAGCACAAUUUCCGAAAAGGAGGUGUCGGAUUGUGAGCGUUCUUGUCGCAUGGGUUCGCUUCAUGAGCGGCCCAUGGUCGUGGCGGACAAAGUGAUGGAGAUGGUGAUCAAAGAUUGUGCGUGUGUCGUUCUUCUCGGGGGUUACAUCCCGCCGGUUCCGGCUGAUCCGGAUGUUGAAGGGGCAGUUGCUCAGCCUGCGCAGGUCCAACUCCAGGCUAUUUUGACGGCGCAGAAGUGCGUCUCUGAUCUCCUUCAGGUAGUGCCAUCUUAUUGGUUUUUCUUUUUGGGAUUUAGUUUAGAUUUAUGUUUAAGAAAGAAAUGUCAAGGACUUUUCUCGUCAGAAAGUUCGACAGUAUGACGAUGUUCAGAAUUGUUGUAGAAAUUUACUUCCCCUUAUAUCUUCUAAAUUCUCUUUAGACUUUCGCGUCGAAAACGCUGGCAUCUUGUGAGAAGGACGUGCGCAAGUCCGCGGUGGCUGAUGUCUAUACCAAGAAUCUGGCUCGUUUGGCUGGUAAUGGCAUGGUCGCGAACAUGGGUUAUUAUGACCGGGUUGUGACGUUCUUCCAGGUCGGAUUUACCGAGGCUAUCGAGAUGUAUGUUCGCAGGUAGUUGCUUUUUUUUUAGAGUUGUUUUCGAGAAUCUCGUUGUUUUUUGUCUUGCUGUGUCAAAUUUUUUUCCUGUCGGACUUUUGGUCGAAGUUUAAGGAUGGUUUUUCUCCCGAUUGUACUCAUCGUCGUUGACUGGUGUCGUAUCGCCAUUCAGAUACUCACAAAUUCGAAGAGAAGAACUGGCUUCCUUUCAAGCGCGCCUGAUUCAGGAUCAACAUGAAACUUCAUUACACCAACAGCGCCUUGACCGACAAGCUGAAUUCGGCCCUUGAAGCGAAAUUGAAGAGCUUUACUUUUUCGACUCCGCAGAAGGAGCGCCCGAGUCCCUACGGCACUCCCUCGCGGGAGAAGGGCAAAGGAAAAGGAAAGAGUGAUCGUUACUGUUUCAGAUACCUGAACAUGCAGGGUGCUCGAGGUGACAACUGUGGUGAUGAGAAUUGUAAAUUUAAACAUGAGCUCCCUCCUACUCGUGCUGUCGCUGAAUCAAUGAAGGCGUAUGCCACUAUUGGACUUAAAGAUUGGGAUAUUGACGCCGACUUCCCGACUACGGGUUAAUAUGUCGAAGUGUCGUUAUUCUUCGUUCGGAUCGUGGUAGUGUGAUCGUAUCGUGGUAGUCGGUUAUGCCCUCGGGCAGUUGUCUAGCACGUUUACUUGAGGACUCGUUGCAUGUUGUGUUGUUUAAAAAGAAAAUUUUUUAAGAGAAAGUCAUGGUUGGUGUAGAAUUAUUCACAUUCGUCCCCCUUUCAUUCUCAAGUUUAGGAAGCUCCGGGUGUGCUGAGUUAUUGCGUGAUGGGUUGAUUUAGGUUUUGGAAAUUUUCUUUUAUCAUAAUAUUUAGAUAAUUUAGAUUUGUCCUCUUCGAUGGUUUUUGAAUUCAUAUAUAAUAUAGUUUUGAUUUGUGUCCAGGAGAAAUGUGGAUGUAUCAGCAGGUUGCUAACAGGUCGGCUGGGGCUUUGCCUCAGACGCCUGGCCAUUCUUCUAAUCAAGUUGUAGUAGGUAGUGAAGUGCCGAAUAUAGGAAGUUCUUCCUAUGUUUCAAAUUUUUCAGGUGUAGGGUUCUCCACUAUCUCAGUCAGUAGCUCUCAUUCAUGUUUUCGCGACAAUUCUGCAAGGUGUGGCCCAUAUUCAUCGAUGGUUAGUCGUGCAGUUUCGAGUAGUAGUAGUUCUGCUUCUUCAAGUAACAUACGAGUUGUAGGAGGUCUUUUGCAUAGUGUCAGGCAUGCAGAUGUCAUCGCGCGUUCUCAUAAUUUAGUUUUGUCACCAGAACAAGUUUUGAGUGCACCGGGCAAUAGGGUCAUUUUUGAGAGGUUCAAGCAGCUUGUGUCCUUACAGAAAUGCUCAGCUUUUGACCAGGGAAAGACCGCAUCUGAUAAGUUGAAGGUGUUAGCUUCGUUGGGGCCGGUUCGGGCGCGCCAAGCUUUAUCUUCGAAUACUUCUUUUUUGAAGAAUGAGUCGCUGAAAGAUUGGAGUAGCUAUUUCAGCUAUUUCAAAUCUUUUUUAGAAAUGUGCACGUGUCGAGGUGAAAAACCCUUUCCGCUGACCUCCUCGAAGGUUGAGGACUUCCUCGGCUUGUACCGUACGGCUGGUACUAUGGGAAGUGCGCGUGCAGCACUUAAGAAGGUUUCCUUGGUGUUGAAGGUUCCGUUUCCGGAAGUUGAGUCUUCCAACAUUUCGCGCGGCAUUAAGCGCCACCAGCCCCUUUCCAAGGCGAAGGAUCCUUUUUCAGGGGCUGACCUUAAUCGGUUACUGGCUUUAGAGAAGUUGCCUUUGUCAUACAAGUACCUUUUUAGCUUCUGUUGGAUCUUUUUACUUCGCUGCGGCGAUGAAGGGCUUGUUUUGAGAAAGUCAAGGUUAGCCAAGGACUCUGAUCGUUUAUCUAAGCUUCAAUCCGAAAGUGCCAUUUGGGCCGACGAAGAAAAGAAGUUGGUGUUUAUCAGAUUCCGUACUCGCAAGAAUCGGCUCGAAGGAGAUGUAGUGUCCCGAGCUUGUACGUGUGCGGGCUUCUCAGUCAACUGCCCCAGUUCUAGUUCUUCUUCUAACGCUCCCCCUGUGGUCGAGCGGAAAAUAAUUUGGGCCAGGGACUUCUGCCCUUUUUGCGUGUUGUGGUCGAAAUUUGUAAAAGCAAGAGCUGGUGGGUUUUUGUUGUUCCCAACGUUUGAAUACAAGACUGUGUUAGCCGUUGUGAAGCGGUGUGCGCAUUUGUUGAAGCUGAAGGGGUCCUUCGGGACGCACUCCUUCAGGAAAGGCGGUGCUAGUGAGAUUGCUCUUUGUGGCGGUAGUUUGCAAGAAAUUCUGUUUGCAGGUAGUUGGAGUAGUAAUUCCGAUGCUUGGAAGAGGUAUGUUAGUUUGGGUAAAGUAGAGACUUCAGGAAUGCUGGCGGCAGCACGUAAACAGUUGCCACAAGUGCAAGAAGAAGCGCUUGAAUUGAUUUCUGAUAGUGAGGGGGACAUUGACGAUCUUGAUUUAGAAUACGACGCUGAUCUUGAAUUAGAUAGUGACUGAGUAAUUUUCUGAAGAUUAGGCUGUAUUCUUGAACUGAACUUGAGCUUGGGUUCCUUUUCGCGUUCUACUCGGUUUACCAUCUAGAUAUUCAUUGAGCUAAAAUUUUUCUCUCGACUAAGGAUUGACACCACGAAAAUGGCCUGCUUCGGCGUCGCAAAUAGUAGCUCACACGGUGAGCUUCUCCGGGAAGGUUUUCCCCUUCAAAUGUACGUCUUAGUGGUUUUGCUCUGCGUUGCGGCUCGUGGUUUUUGGCAAUUAUUCUUUGCUGCGUAUCGUGCUCAUAUGCAGGAAGUCCGCGAGGUGGCGGCCUCUACCGUCCGGAAUACUCUCCUCGAGUAUGACAUUUGUACGGCUGACAUCCUGCGAGCUACCAGGAAUCAGGCGUUUACCGACUUCGACCCGAAUACGAUCACGGAUUAUACUUCGUGGGAUAUUAACUUUGCGGUUGAUCACCCAGAUGAGAUUUUGCCUUGAUCUUCUUGUUCGUGUUAAAUAUGUAUGUCAUAGUGGUCGUGCGUGUUGCCUUUCCGAUUAUUUAGCUGUUGUCAUAAUUUCUCUUUCAUCAUUAUUUCUUGAUUAACGAAGUUAUUGCGCUGAACUUGCAUCUUUUAUUGUUCUCCCGAUGGUUUCCGGAUGUCUUUCUUGACCCUUGAGUUCUAAAAUAUUGUGGCAUCCAUAUGUGUGUAAUGUAGGACGAGUUUAUUCUUUGGUUCCAAGGAACGCAGAUGAAGGAAGCAGCCCCAGAGAGCAGCUUCCAAAACUAAUCUUCCUCUUUCACCGGUUCAAGCGGAGUGUUCUCAUCCCGGCUCUAGCUCCACUUGCAAAUUGUUGUUCAGGGCCAAAAAGUUCAUGAAAUUAGGCCUUACCGGUGAAGCUCGAAGUAAUUUGCAUCAGGUCUGCGUCUCGUCUUACCCCAUCGAGAUCUUCUAACCCAGAUAUGAAUGCACAUGCUGCUGCAGGACUCCAAUUCUUUCACUUAAUAGUGCUCUUGAUUCCACCGUCGUAUCACUUUCAACAAGAACGACAGUUGUACCAAUCAAGCACAUUCGACACCUGCCCCCUUUCAUCUCUUCUCUCCUCGACUCUGCGUCGAACCUGGACUUGCCGAAACGACUCACGUCCCUGGCAUGCCCCUACAAGAACCUAGUGAGCGUUUUGCCGUGUUCCCCUAUCUCGACACCCAAUACAAGGCUUUUUUCGCACACACCGACUUCGACGUUUCUUCAACGCAUCGGCAUAUGAAAGUUAGGAAGAUAGAACAGACAUCAUCCACAUCUACCUCUACGUCUACGUCCACUAAAGCUAAGAGCAAGCGUGCAGACUGGAGUUUCUGUGAUUUUGGAGAUGCCGAACUAGCGAAGGAGGGGUUUUCUCCUCCAGAAUGCGAGGGCUACCCAGAACCCUAUAUGGAACGCUUGCGCAAAUUUGCCGAAAUGAUCAAGGAUACGGAUUCGGAAUUCUUUAUGAGUCGAACUAAAUUUCUUGUUGUGUCAUAGUCAUCACAGUCAUCAUGAUCUUUUUUUAGUUCCAUCUCGCUCUCGACGCUCCAAGAAGAAGAACCUUCUUUCAUGGCCAUAAUAAUGCCCCGGAUGUCCUCUCCUUCACUUAGCCACAAUCUGACUGGCAUUCUUGUAUGUUUCCCUUUUCUCCUCUAAUCCCUGCGGUACAACCACCGUGAUGUAUUCGCACGCUGCUUCCGUCGCUCUAGUAGGACAUCUAUGCGAGAUCGGCAAUCUCCCAGAAGGCACAGGACCCUUUGCACCUUGUGGGAUCUUCAAGAUGGAACGAGUGGAAGAGGAGGAUGCUACAGAGAACGGUCAUGAUGUAUCAAAGAAGAGUAAGCCUUUCACCCUAAUUCGAUGCGGAGGAGACAAUACGGGACACGUGAAGGAAAAUGCCGCUACGACCUAUCCAUGGAUGUUUCGUGAGAGUCACUGUAAAUUUUGGACUGAUAAGUACACGAAGGAACCUUUUAACUACUCGAAUUAGUGAAGUGAUAGUUGUGGAUCCCACUAAUCAUCUCCCUUCUACUUUCUUGACCGUUUUCUUAGGCCAAGACCACCAGGUAAUGUAAGAGAUGGAUCGUGUAUGUGUCUUCUUAGUCGGUGUAGUAGUUUUUACACCUAGGGGGCGCCCUAACACUCACUAUCUACUUGAGGAAUUAACCCAUGUCAAGAAUUGCCACGUAUAACGUCCCUAAAAGUACCGUGUUUAUUGUUCUGUCGGACAUCAUGUCGAUGUCCAUGUGUUUCUCCUCUAUCAGCG